AUGUACAACAGCAGCUACAAAAAGCCCAAGUUUACGCUGGAGGCGAAGAACAUUCAAAAGUCUAAAGGGAAAAGUUGUGGCUAUUACCUGCGGAUCAUCUUUUUCUUCUCUUCGCUGAUACAGACUCUGAUCAUAGUAAGCCUGGUAUUGUUUUUGGUGUAUGGACAGCCUGAAAAGACAGCAGAGGAGAAGAGGGUGGAGGAGCUGGAGCAGGGUUUUAACAAGCUCUCCGGAGACAACGCCAAGCUUAGGAAGGAGAAAGCCGACCUCACCAUCUCACACAAGGCUAUGACAGCGUUGAAGGAUGCUUGUGAAAAAAAAGUGACCAAACUCAGCACGGAGCUGAACACCACUAAAGAUAAUAACACGAAAACUGUGCAUGCACUAGCUCUUUGUAAUGCAAGUAAGCCACCAAUAGUUCGCAAUGUCAUUCCUUCAAAUCCCUGCCCUGCAGUCAGCACUUCAAAUACACAAUUAAAGACCCUACAAACUCUUUUGGACCAGCAACGAUCCCUGUGCAACAUUUUACAGACCAAUUUCAGCCUUACAGUCCAGAGCCUCAAGCUUGACUUGGACAAUGCCAUAAAAGACAAAAACACACAAGAGAUGGCACUAAUUAAACUAAAUCAAGAGAAGGAAGACCUGACCGCCGAGCUCCAACUCUACACCAAGAAGUGCAAGGAAGAAUUUGUGACGUCUCUGCAAGGCAUCCAGGAGGUCACAACUGCCUUCCUGAACAGAAUCGACAACCUCUUCUCUGACACCUUCAUCUUCCACCUGACCUGUUCCAAGCAGCAAGAGCAGAUGCAGAAGGUCCACGCAAACUGCACAAACCUUUCCCAGCAAGUGGAAAACAAGUUCCAGCAUUACCUGAACUCGGUCGGGGACAGAGUCUCGACGCUGCAGGCCCGGAGCAGCAGGCUGGAAAUCCAGAACAGACGUCAGACCUCUGAAAUGCAGAAGUGCACUCAGGGUCGCACUGAAGAAGUCGAGCAGUGCACGAAGUUGCUCAAAGAGGCCCAGCAGGUGCAGGACAGGCUAGUGGAGCCACUGCUGAAGACCCAGAAGCAACUAAUGCAGGAUAAGCAAAUGCUACAAGCUACGUGUAUACAAAGGCCCCCAGUGCCCAAACCAUCUGGACCUGUAAUGUAUGGACAACAGAGCAGGCCAGGCAUGAGUCAACCAGGAGCACACACUGCUCUACAAAACACACUGGGCAACAAUCAGUCACCAAAGUCCCCAGUGCCCAAACCAUCCGGACUGGACAUUCCUGUACUAUACGGACAGCAGAGCAGGCCGGGCAUGAGUCCACCUGGAGCACACACUCCUGUACAAAACACGCCAGGCAGCAAUCAGUCACCAAAGUCCCCAGUGUCCAAACCAUCCGGACUGGACAUUCCUGUAAUGUACGGACAGCAGAGCAAGCCAGGCAUGAGUCCACCAGGAGCACACACUGCUGUACAAAACACGUCAGGCAGCAAUCAGUCACCAAAGGUGAGGUGAGGAGUGAACCAAAUCUGGAACAAUAUUCUCUCUAUGUCAGUCUCAGAAAGGCUCAACAUUUGUGAUUUUUAGGUUCCUGACUUUCAGGUGAACUAAACUGAAAUUAAUUUAAAUUGUACCUGAGUUUAAGCAGGUGACCAGGCAUUAAUAAGACUGUGACAGUAUUAAUCACUUGUACAUAUGCUUGAACAUACUUAGAUCUUAUCACAUUGUGUAACAGUAUGUACUAACAAAAAUAAAGUUCUAAACUGUAAUAACGUUAAAAUCUUACUGUGAAUGUUGUAAAAGAAUGUUAAAAUGAUUUUGUCUGUCUAUGUUACACUGUAACAGUUUUUACCAAUGUAAGAUUUCCAAAGCGACUUUCAGAUUUGGCUUACAUUGAGUUUAAAAAAUAUUCCAUGUGGCCGCUUAGGUGGUGCAGCGGUAAAACACACGCUAGCACACCAGAGGUCUGCCAUCUGAUUGGGCUGAGCGGCCACAUGAACCACGAUUGCCCUGUUGUUCAUAUAAGGGUGGGGUAGUAGUAAGCUGGAUAGGGUCUCCUCAUAACUGAUGCAACUACGACCUAUGGCUGAUUGAUGGCGCCUGCACAGGGGCGGGGAAGGAGUGCAUUGAUCAGGGUGUGUUUCUCCGUACACAGGGCUGAUCCGCAUUAGCACUCACCUAGUGCAGGCGAAAGAAUGCAUAGGUGUCGGAGGGGGUGUGGGUUUGCGUCGUUCUCCUCAAAUUAGUGGAGAGGAAGCGAGAUGUAAUCAGGCAAUUGUACGUGCUAAAGGUCGGGAGAAAAAGGGGAGAAAAUGCACAAACAAAAUACAAAAAAAAAAUACAGAUUCUAUGUUAUACUGUACAUAUUUUCUUGAUAUUUAAAUAUUUAAUUGUGCCUUUACAUUAAUGUUGUCAUUAUAUACAUUAAUAUGUAGAAUAUUUGGUUUUUUUUGUUAAAUACAAAGCAAACAAAAAAUUAUUUAAUUGUAAUUACAGUUUUGAUUUCAGCUCUGACUUCAGAUCAAUAAAGUAUUAUUACUGUAAAGUAA